CACAACACCGGGACGCCAUACCUGACCGACGAUACAUUCACCCUCGGCUUCACACACUAGAUUGUGGAAGGCGAGAAAAAAACAACUAACCAAUGGUUUCCACUAGAUAGAACAGCCACAAAGUCAAAAUUGCUGUCGUAAAAAUUAUCGAAAACAAAAAUUCGCUUUUUUGUCUUAAUUUAAGGCUAGGUUUAGGAAUAUGGUUAGCAGUGGGAUUGCGGUUAGGUUUUAUAUCAGGUUUUAAGAAGAUACUUUGUAGAAAUAGUUUUUUUUUUCAUAAUGGGGUGGCUAACUUCCGGAUACUACUUCCGGGUUUAUGCCUAGCUAGCUGCAUGUGUUUUUAGCAUUAUGCCACUCAUAGUAAUGUGUGGUUUUCCAUGUAGUGGCAAAACACGAAGAGCGGUGGAAUUACAGGAAUACUUUGAACGGAAUACAGAGAGAAAGGUUCACAAUGUAGGAGAUGGAACGUUGGGAAUUGAGAAGAACGCUGUAUACGCAGAUUCUCAGAAUGAGAAAAAUGUAAGAGGAUCUCUAAGAGCUGAAGCAGAGAGGAGAAUCAACAAAGAGGAUAUUGUAAUUCUGGAUUCAUUGAACUAUAUCAAAGGCUACAGAUAUGAACUUUUUUGUCUGAUCAAACACACACAGACGCCUCACUGUCUGGUUUAUUGUUUGACGUCAGCCGAAGUGAGCUCAACAUGGAACACAGAAAGGGAUGUUGAAGAGCAGUACACUCAGGAGAUCCUAGAUGCGCUGGUGCUGAGAUUUGAAACUCCAGAUUCCAGGAACAGAUGGGACAGUCCACUUUUCACCAUUCAGAAAGAAGACACACUUCCAUUUGAAGCCAUCUCUGAUGCCAUCUUCAAAAGGAAAGCACCCCCUCCUAACCAGUCGACACAGAGUCAACCACUGUCAUCUACAAACUUCUUGUAUGAGCUGGACAAAGUCACACAAGAUGUGUUGAUGGCAAUUCUCAACUCCCAGAAGACAAGUGUUCCAGGGGAUCUCAUUGCUGUUCCAGGAGCUACAGAAAAGAUAGAACUGACCAGAAGUCUAAACAUGGCAGAGCUCCGGAAACUACGACGCCAGUUCAUCAGCUACACCAAGAUGCACCCGACAGAGAAUAUUGGACACAUUGCUAACAUAGGCUGCAUCGAGGUUGCCCUUUUGGUAUGAAUCAAAAUGGAUCAUAUUUAGCUGUUAAUGUUUCACAAAAUUAUAUAAGACUGCAAACUUAUUAGAGAGUAGUCUGGCAGGUUUUUGGGGUAAAUCUGUAACAAUCGGUCUAUUAAUUAGUACAAUAUAAAUAUUCUUUAUCCAGUUUAUUUUUGUCCUUAGGAGGCCAAUGCAAGAUGUUUCUAUUGGGGUUUUCCCCAUUGGUUUAGUAUACUAAGCAGUCUUUACACAAAGCAUAGAUUAAAGUGACACUGCAUGACUGCUCAAUUUCUUAGUUUGUAAUAUUUUAUAUUUGUCAAUACGCAUUGAUUAUUGCUUUUAUUUCUAUACUAGUCAAACAUUGUGGGUGCAAUGUAUAAUCCCUUAAAUUCAUAAUACCAAGCUACAGAACCAUACACUGACAUUUAAGAAUCAUGGAUUAAUGUUUAUUGAAACAUGCACUACCCUGUACAAUAGGAUGGUCAGGGAUUUUGUUAGCUGUUUUCAGUGAGAAUACAGCACAAUACAAAAUGUCAGUUCACUUGUGGCUUCAGUCCUCCAAGCAGUGGGUCUGUGGGGAUGUGCAAUGAAUUGGCCUGCGGCUGAAUCUAGUUAAUGGUCCCUGACGUAAGCAGGAUAAUUCCAUCCGACUGCUGAGACUAUUUCAGAGGUGUUUGAUGCUUCAUCGUUUUAGCCUGACGUGUGACCACUUCCCAAGUUAGGCUUUGCUGCCUGCUAAUUGUAACACUUUGUCUUAUCAAUGACAUAAAUGUCAUCAUAUGCCUGCUGAUGCUAUUGUAAUUGCCAAACCAGGAGAUUAAGAGAAAUAUGGUCUCAUUUCAAAGAGUAAAAUGUCGAUUUUGAUGAGAGCAACACUGACAUUUAUUUUCUUGAAUAUUCCUAAAGCAUUUAGAAAGAGAACAUGUUUUCCUUGUGGAGUUCUAUUCCAUCUCAGUGGUUUCUCAUUAAUGACCAGCAAGCCCAUAGGCUUUGUAUUAUCACCCUGUGCUUUUCAGAUUGCCUUCACUUUGUUCCUAGGGAGACAUUGGCGCAAAAUCCACUCUCUGUCAUUCAUUCAGACUAAACGCAGAUGGCAGUGGACAAGUCUUUGUGCUAACCCAGUCUAAAAAUAGAGUCCCCAUUCCCUUAUCAGUGGACAAGUCUUUGUGCUAACCCAGUCUAAAAAUAGAGUCCCCAUUCCCUUAUCAGUGGACAAGUCUUUGUGCUAACCCAGUCUAAAAAUAGAGUCCCCAUUCCCUUAUCAGUACCUCUGACCUUGAGGCUUCCGCUCCAGGUCCUACGUGAUCUGAAAAUGGUGUAGGCUACAGAGUAUCACGAUGCCAUAAUACAUUUAUUUUAUUCUCCUUCCCUUAUCAAUUCAUUUAGUGGUCCAUUUAUUUUAUUCUUCUUACCUUAUCAAUUCAUUAUAAGGCGGCAGAUAGCCUAGUAGUUUGAAUGUAGGACUAGUAACAGAAAGGUUGCAAGAUCAAACCCUUGAGCUGACAAGGUAAAAAUCUGUCGUUCUGCCACUGAACAAGGCAGUUAACCCACUGUUCCUCGUUGAAAAUAAGAAUUUGUUUUUAACUGACUUGCCUAGUAAAAUAAAUAAAAUCUAGAGUAGUCCAUUUAUUUGGAUGCUUUUAAACUGUCUUUUUAGAUCACCCAAAGAGCUAUGCCAGUUUAUAUGGCUCUAUAAAUAUCAUACUAGAUUUUUGGUUUAACCAAGUUCUGUCACAUAGCUAUGGAUUAACAGCACCUUUCUCUAAUUGGCUCAAAUGUUCUUGUCCUGUACUUCAACCUUGACCCUGGCAAACAAACAGUGGAUUUGUUGAUUAGAAAUCUCCUAAACCCUUCGAAACAGAGGAAAACAGGAACAUCCUGACUAAGCUGUACCUCUUCAAAGACCGAAAUAAUCUUUUAUGUAAGAAUUAGCACAUUUAUGCUGCAUGGUGUAGAAUGUCAUUUGCUGAAUCAGACUGAACAUGCAUGACAAAAUGUGAUUUAAAAAAUUGUUUGCUUCCAUCCUCUGGGACAAAAGUUACACUUGGAGUUUGCUGUAUAGUUGUACCCUCUGACUAUGUAUUACUAAGGACCAUUACUUUUGCUCUUAUUCUACCCAUUAUUGUCAUAAGAUUAAUCCAUUUAGAAAAACUUUACACGUGUAAUAACGUUUAGUACAUUUUAAUACAAUUGAUGUCAGUAAAUUACUAAUAAAAACAAAUACAUUUA